AUGAAGUGGAAGCAAUUUGUAGAAUUAGCAUGGGAAAGAUAUAAAAUUAAAUGUAUACCAAUAGAUUUAGAGAUGAAAGAGUUUACAGAAAAGUGUCCAUACGAUCUUGUUAUUCACAAGUUUACAGAUGAACUAUCAGAUUUACCUGCUCAACAACCAACUAUUCAAAAGAUUGAAAGAAUAUUAAAGCAAUAUCCAAAUUUGGUUGAAGUUGAUCCAUUGGAACAUCAAAAACCUGUAUUGGAUAGAUUGACAUUGAGUCAUUUACUCGAUAAAUUAAAUGAACUGCCAUCAGAGUAUGCUAUUAGAUGUCCAUCAUAUGUAACCAUUGAAAAGGAACAAGACGACUAUAGUGGUUCAUUGGCCAAAAUCAAGUUCCCUGUUGUGUGCAAGACCAUUCAGGCAUGUGGCUCGGAAGAGUCUCACAAGAUGGGAAUCUUUUUUAGCGAAAAGGAACUACACCAAUUCAAACCACCAAUGUUGGUACAGGAAUACAUCAAUCACAAUGCAAUCAUUUACAAGGUAUUUGUCAUUGGUAGUUAUUUAAAUAUAGUUCAUAGAAAAUCAUUAAGAAAUGUAACUGAUAAUGGUAAUGUAAUCAAAAAAAUAAUAGAUAAUAUUUUUCAAAAACCAUUACCAUCCUUUUUAUUACCAGAAAAGGAAUAUACACAAGAUAUGGUCCAAUUUCCACACAAGGAUAUAUUAAUGGCCAUCUCAAACAUGAUUCAAAAGGAUCUAUCAUUGACAUUAUUCGGAUUCGAUGUAAUCACCGAUGUAACAACUAAAAAGCACGCAGUUGUCGAUCUCAACUACUUCCCAGGAUACAUUGGAAUAGAUAAUUUCUAUUCAAUAUUAUUAGAACAUGUAUUACAAGUUUAUAGAAACAAAAAACAAAUCAAGUAA